UGUCAGUCAUCAGACCCUGUACUGCCUCCUCUCCCCAUCAGGUCACUGAGGAUGACGUCCUGGACGCCUUGGAAACGGUUCUGCAGUCCCACAUGUCGUCCCCGGCAACCAGAGGAUUUGCUCUCACCGCCACCAUGAAACUGAGCACACGCAUCACUGACAACGUGGAUCGCAUCCGAAGCGUGGUCAGCAUCUACGGUAGCUGUAUAGACGUGGAGCUCCAGCAGAGGGCGGUUGAAUACAACGCUCUGUUCAAAAAAUAUGACCACAUGAGGGCGGCGGUGCUGGAGAGGAUGCCUGUUAUUGAGAAGAACUCUCCGGGUCAUACCAACGGAGAGUCCAUGGGGGAGGUCAAGGAGAACCAGGCAUCCAAAAAGCCAACGGAGCCCAAGCUGCUCCCACAACCUGCUAACCAGGUGUGUGACCUGCUGGGCCUGCUUGGGGGCUCUGAGGAGACCCUGCUGCCCAGUCCCUCCACGGCCCUCGGCCUGCUCACCAACACCCCCAGCACUGCAGGGGGGAACCUGCUGGAUCUGCUGGGGGACCUAGAGCCUGAACCCCUCACACCAGGUGGGACCCUCCCCCCUCUCUUUUUCCCACUGAAAUUACAUCCAUUCGAAUUACAGGCUUGGGCUCGUUGGGUUAGCAGUUCAACAAAGCAGUCAUUCAGUGUCUCACAAGUACAUCUCCUGAUCCAUAUUUCAACAUAA